AUGCCUUUCCCCGUUUUGCUGACAUGUUCGACCGCUGCCAGCGCGGGAGAAUAUGCGGAGCGAUGCGUCGAGUGGAUUUGCGAGUGUAGAGCUGGGUUAACCGCUGGAGAGGUCGAGGAGAGUUGCCGGCAGGGCAACAUAGGGUGCAACUAUCGAUGCUCGCCUAUACGAUACAAGGUCGUUCCACGCGAGACGACUCCGAUUGCCAUUGUUGGCGAAUGGAAGAAGCAAUAG